AUAUAUACAUACGUAUAUACGUAUGAACGAUCAUUCUGCAUUACGAGUUGAAAGUAAUCGGCUCGCAGUAGCUAGUAACGAUACGGUCUGUUUCAAAUGUUGACAUAUUCCAUAUAAGAAUAGCGAGCGAACGAGAUAGAAAGAGAGAGAGAGAAAGAGAGAGAGAGAGAGAGAGAGAGAGAGAGAGAGAGAGAGAGAGAGAGAGAGAGAGAGAGGGAGAAGGAGAGAGGGAGGGAGAGAGAGAGAGAGAGAUAAGAUAAAAUUAUUAAUUGGAAAAAAUUCAAAUCCAAUUGAUCGAGGAUUCAACGAUUGAAAUUGAUAUUCGUGGAAAAUAAAAGAUCGUAAAUUUUUAAGUGAAAUCGAUAAAAGACACGUGAUAAGUGCGAGUAAAGUCGAGGAUCUAAUAUUCAUCGAUACAAAAACCGAAACUCUCUCUCUCUCUCUCUCUUUUUCUCUCUCUAUAUCUCUAUCUCUGUCUCUGUCUCGUUACGGUCAUUUCUACAUAUCUCGAGUUGAGAAACUCGGGGAAGUACCAACGUGUGUUGUGUCGAUAUCACGUGAAUCCAAGGAUCGACGAACGAGCGUGUCGACAAGCCGCUUUAACAGAAGAUCGAUCGAUUGCCGGAACGAGAACCUUUGUCUUUAUAAAAUCAUGAAGGGGUUUUGAAAGUGGAAAGAGUGGGGAGGGGGAGGGGAGUAACGAUAAUAAGUAUAUAACCGAACGUCGACGAUGUCGGACAGAGAUCGUUGAAAGAAUUGAAAGUAUUCGGAUCGAGUGUAAAAAUUUAAAAGCCUAAGUGCCUAUCGUAUUAUAUUGAAGCUUUUAAUCGAUUUAAUCAUGAACAAUUACGAGAAUAUAAAAUCAUUUAAAUCUAAUCACGUGAUAAUAAAAAAAAGAUCUAAUAUCGUAGUGCCAAUAAAAAGAUCAAAUUGACUUUAUCGAAGAAGACCGGUGAAAUUAUUGAAACGAACGAAUUUUAUAAUUACGAUCGAUUUAAUCAUCGAACGUAAAAUAUUAUUAACGAUUGAUCGUUGACAAUGAAAUUUUUCCUACUUUUGAUUUUGUUUCUUUGAAAAUAUGAUUAAAUCAUUGAUUAAAUAUUAUUAACUACGAAGAUACAAAAGACCAUAAUAAUUAUUGAAAUCAAAUAAAUCUAUGAGAUAAUUAUAUUAAUCCUUUGGAAAUAUGAAGAAGGAUCGAGAAAGUGUUAGAAGAUUGAAAGGCGAUGGUUUAUCCGUGGAAAUGGAUUCGAAUAAUCGGAUACUUGAGGUCACCGGCGAUGGUUGCAAGAUUACAUUAACAAAAAAUUGUGGUAGCGUGCGAGUAGUUGGAGAUGGAUGUCGAGUUAAAGUAACUCAUAAUGUCGGCGAUAUCGUUUAUACUGGAGACGGUGGACGUGUAUUGCUCGGUCCAAAAUCAUCGAAAGAAAAAGUCCAAUAUUUUGGGGAAGGCGGUAAGAUCAGUUUUGAUUCUGAUAAGAAGAAAAUGAAUAUGGAAGGUUCAAAGGGUACGAGGGAUGUCAAGGAAUCGAUCAUUCUAAAGAAUUAUCUUGGUACGGAUAAAGAAAAGAAUAUAGAAAAGAAGGAUCUGAGAAAAGCAAAGGAGGAAAAUUUGGAUUUACAAAAUGAAAAGAAAGAAACGUUUAAUCGUAAUAAGAUAAAAGAUAAUAAUCAAAAGGAAAUGAAAAAUAUAAAAAGCACUACAGUUUUCAUGACUCAAACCAAUCACGAGUCAAAGGAUUAUUUCGAAGUUAACAAAUGGUUCGUUUCGCCGGCUUCGAUUGCUUAUAAAUACGUCGAAAAUGUGCCUACUGUGACGAUACGUGGUGAAAAAAAAACUACGGCCCAUCCUAACAAAUGAUCGACUUAUUAUUUUCUUUCGUUAAUUAAUUCAAUUAUUUAUUUAUUUAUUGGAAAAAAAUAUACAUAUAUAUAUAUAUAUAUAUAUAUUAUUAUUAGAAAUGUUAUUAGAAAACUUCUCAAGAAUAUUGGUUAAAUGCUGAUUCGAUAUUUACGAAUGUGCGAAUCUAUAAAUAGCAUCACAAAAUUAAUGAUAAUUAUGAAGAAGAAUAGACGAUAAUGACUAAUCAUUGAACAUCGAAAUUGAACAGGAUAAAAAAAAAUAAAAAAAAAAAUAAAAAAGCAGACAAAAUAGAAGAACGAAUAGGAAACGAUUCUUUACGUAAUUAGAACCAAUUUAGGAUUGUUACGAAGCAGGAACAAAUUUAUAUGUAAAAUCGUAUUAGAAACCUCACGGUUCUUGUUACAUCUUGCCAAUGGUUUAAUGACAUCAACACGUAAUAAAAAUAAUAAUAAUAACAAUAAUAAUAAUAUAUAUAUAAUAUAUAUAUAUAUAAAAUAUAUAUAUAUAUAUAAAAAAAAUAUAUAUAUAUAGAAAAUUUAUGUAAAGUGAUUGUAUCUCGACGAAAAUAUCGUCGAUUCUUCUUCAAAUGACUGAUUUCUUAUAUACGAACCUACUACCUCACACAUGCAUACACAUACACAUAUACGUACACACACAUGCAAUAUUAAAUUUUAUUCGAAUGUAUCUUAGAUAUAAUUGUGAAUAAGUAAAAAAAAAGUAUUAUUUAACAUAAUUUAUAAUUAUCUUAAAUCUAUUGUACAAACAAGCGCCGUUUUAAUCUAUUGACUGAGUUCCUUUUCGAGUGGAAAUACCUAAAUGAUAUUUUAAUGUAUUCUCUGUGUGAACUUGAAAAAAAGAAAAAAAAAAAAAAAAAAGAAAAAAAGAGAAAGAAGAUUAAUGAUGUAAAAAAAAAAAAAAAAAAAAGAAAAGAAAAGAAGGGACAUCGGAAUGGUUUGCUAAAGAUGCUAUCAAGAGUAUCGUUCUAAUUAAAAUUUUACAACGAUCUAAUGGGUCAAGAUCGAAGCUAAAGAACCAAAGAGAUUUCAGUAAUGAUAAAACGAUUAAUAGUAGUACAUAGUUAAUGUAAAAAAAAAAAAAAAAAAGAAAAAGAAAAA